AUUUGGGACAGAGAGAUCCACAUAAGGAGGACUGUGGCAUCCCGGAUUCUUUUAACCACCACCCCCUCAAUCCUCGUCCUCUCUUCACCUCCAGGCGUUCACCUGGCCUCACCUCACUUCUCCCUCGCCUGUUUCGCAGCUUUUCCUUUUCGUCCCGYCUCGCCGCUCGUCCCUGUCACCUCAUGGCGUCCAAACUGAACCCGAACGUCCUGUACGUGGCCGGCGAGCCUCUGGGGUCGCCCCAAGGCGACUCAGAGAGGACUCCAAACGCUGGAGAAACAGCUGAAGAGUCAUCAGACAGUGAUGGAGAACAAGAGGAGACGUCACACAAGUUGAUUCGCAAAGUGUCAACCUCGGGUCAGAUGAGAGCCAAGAAAAGUGUGAAGGAGGGAAUCCUGUUAAAGCAGACCAGCUCUUUCCAGAGAUGGAAGAGGAGGUACUUCAAACUCAGAGGAAGGACUCUCUACUAUGCCAAAGACUGCAAGUCUCUAAUUUUUGAUGAAGUGGACCUAUCAGAUGCCAGUGUGGCAGAGACGAGCACUAAGAACAUCAACAACAGCUUCACAGUCAUCACACCUUUUCGCAAACUAAUGCUCUGUGCCGAGAGCAGGAAGGAAAUGGAGGACUGGAUCACUGCCCUAAAAUCUGUCCAGAAGUGGGAAACCUAUGAAGCGAGUCAGUUCAACAUGGAGCAUUUCUCUGGGAUGCACAACUGGUACGCCUGCUCGCACGCCAGACCGACCUUCUGCAACGUCUGCAGAGAAGCACUGCCAGGUGUCACCUCCCACGGCCUGUCCUGUGAAGUUUGUAAGUUCAAGGCUCAUAAGCGCUGUGCUGUUCGCUCCACCAACAACUGCAAAUGGACCACGUUGGCCUCCAUAGGAAAUGACAUCAUCGAGGAUGAGGACGGGGUUUCCAUGCCGCACCAGUGGUUGGAAGGCAACCUGCCGGUCAGUGCCAAGUGCGUGGUGUGUGACAGGAACUGUGGCAGCGUGCGGCGGCUGCAGGACUGGCGUUGCCUCUGGUGCAAAGCCAUCGUCCACAGCAGCUGUAAAGAACAAAUGGGGAAGGUGUGUCCUUUGGGUCAAUGUCGCGUCUCAAUCAUUCCUCCCACGGCACUUAACAGCAUCGACUCAGACGGCUUCUGGAAGGCCACCUCUGCGUCGUGCUCCAGCCCUCUUCUGGUCCUUGUCAACUCGAAAAGUGGGGACAACCAGGGGGUGAAGUUCCUGCGCAAGUUCAAGCAGCUUCUGAACCCGGCUCAAGUCUUUGACUUGAUGAACGGAGGACCCGAGCUCGGCCUCCGACUCUUCCAGAAGUUUGUGACGUUUCGUAUUCUGGUGUGUGGGGGAGACGGCAGCGUGGGCUGGGUGCUCUCAGAGCUCGAUAAACUCAAACUCCAUAAACAGUGUCAGCUCGGCGUGCUGCCUCUUGGCACCGGUAACGACCUGGCUCGGGUUUUGGGCUGGGGGGGCCUGUGUGACGACGACGCUCAGCUGCUGCAGAUCCUGGAGAAGCUGGAGAGAGCCACCACCAAGAUGUUGGACCGAUGGAGCAUCAUGACAUACGAGGUGCCCACCAGCAAUAAAAUCACGGCCAUCAUGAAGGAAGACGACAGCCACGAUUCUCCUCUCCAGGUUCACAUCACUCAGUAUGCAGACUCUGUGGCCUGUCACCUSGCUAAGAUCCUGGACUCAGACAAACACAGUGACGUCAUCUCCUCUGCCAAGUUUCUGUGUGGGACUGUGAACGACUUUGUGGCGGAGGUGGGGAAGGCGUACGAGAGAGCCACAGAGAACAAGGAGGAGGCCGACGCCAUGGCGAAGAAGUGUGCACUGCUGAAUGAGAAACUCGACUCCCUGGUCAAGGCCUUAAGUGAGGAGGCAGAGGCGCAGGUGGUACCAGCAGGUUCAGCUCCGAGCCAGGACGGUUCGAGUCCAGGUGAAAGUGGAGGCGAGUCGGGUUCAGAAGGCAAAACGUAUCGAUCCAAGGAGCAGCUGAUGCUCAGAGCCAACAGCCUGAAGAAAGCUCUGAGGCAGAUCAUUGAGCAGGCUGAGAAAGUGGUGGACGAGCAGAACCGACACACGCAGGUUCAGAGGAUGUCGUCAUCAUCCUCCUUUAAAAGGGAGAACAGCGAUGAGCUGAAGGACGCUGAGCCACGUCCAGGAGGUCUGAGUCCCACGUCCCCCAUCGUCUUGGAGAAACCAGAGAGUCUCAACACCGUCUCCUUCAGCGARGACUCUGUACAAUGUACAGAGAAGUGUGUGAUGAAUAAUUACUUCGGCAUCGGCCUGGACGCCAAAAUCUCCCUGGAGUUCAACAACAAGAGAGAUGAGCACCCCAAGAAGUGCAGUAGUCGCACUAAGAACAUGAUGUGGUACGGGGUUCUGGGGACCAAAGAACUGGUCCAGAAGACGUACAAGAACCUGGAGCAGAGAGUUCAACUUGAGUGUGACGGGGUUUCCAUCUCCCUGCCGAGUCUGCAGGGGCUGGCUGUUCUCAACAUCCCCAGCUACGCCGGCGGGAUCAACUUUUGGGGCGGCACCAAGGAGGACAACAACUUUGGCGCUCCGUCGUUCGACGAUAAGAAGCUGGAGGUGGUGGCGGUGUUCGGCAGCAUGCAGAUGGCCAUGUCUAGAGUCAUCAACCUGCAGCACCACCGCAUCGCACAGUGUCGACAGGUGAAGAUCACCAUCCUGGGGGACGAGGGGGUUCCUGUGCAGGUGGAUGGAGAGGCCUGGAUCCAGCCUCCCGGCAUCGUCAAGAUCGUCCACAAGAACCGGGCUCAGAUGCUCACCAGAGACCGG